UCUCAAAAAUCAUUUUUAACUCAUAUUAUAAAUUCUCAGAAGUGUAAAAUUCAACCUAAUGAUAGAUUGUAUGGUUUUAGAUUAUUGUAAAUAUAGAUACUUGACGGUAAAAUACAAGAUAUUUUAAAUUUUUAACAUUUUCCUUCAAUUAAUUAAAAUAUUUUAUAGAUAUAAAUUAUGAUUUUUAGCUUUAUUUCUAUAAAAAAACAGAACACGAAAGCAGGAAGUUUGUAAUUUCGUCUGUAGAUUCGUUGACACGUCUCAUGACGUCCGAUCAGAAAUUUGUUGUUGUGGAACGAAAAUAACCUCUUUUGCAGAGUCCGCUUGGAAUUGAAGAAAGCAGUCAAUCAGUGUUUGAGUUUGCAUCAACAUUUACACAAAAUGACUGGAAAAAAGUCAACUUUUACCAAGGAAGAAGAGCUUCUGCUCCAGGAUUUUAGCCGAAACGUAUCCACAAAAUCCAACGCUCUGUUUUAUGGAAACGCUUUGAUUGUAUCAGCGAUACCGAUAUGGCUCUUCUGGAAGAUUCACAUGAUUGAUCUCUACUCAUCGCUCAUCUCAUUCGUUGUAGUAACAUUGGCUAGUACUUACUUCGUGGCACUAGCUUACAAGAACACCAAGUUCGUUCUCAAGCACAAGGUGGCCGUAAAGAGAGAGGAAGCCAUCACUCGUGAAGUGACAAGGAAACUCGCCGAAGACAAGAAGAUGAGCAAAAAGGAGAAAGAUGAGAGAAUUCUGUGGAAGAAAAACGAAGUCGCCGACUACGAAGCAACAACUUUCGCCAUUUUCUACAACAAUGCUCUCUUCUUUGCCCUGGUCAUCUUCUCUUCGUUCUACAUUCUGAAAGGAUUCACUCCAGCCGCCAACUACAUCAUUUCAGUCGGCGCUUCUGGGGGUUUGUUAGCUCUGCUAUCUACCGGAGGAAAGUGAGAAACAAUUCAUUAAAAGUGAAAAAAACUAUUUAUUUAUUGAGUGAUUCCUGUCUGUCUCUCUCUUGUUUAAAUGACUGACUAGUGUAAAUCUAGUCAGUCAUCUAUGUCUGUCUGACUAGUGUAAAUAGUUUUGGUGAAGUGAAAACGUUUCAGACAUGUAACUAAUUUGAUUUUGGAUAGGUUAUUCGGUCUUCAGCUGAUUAAAUUGUGUUCUAUUUGUUCUAAUUUAUUGUGCAAUCUGUUCGAAAUUAAAUACUUCUAUAUGAGCCUAUUUCAAAGGAUAAAGUGCUUGAAAUACAGGAAUAAGUUGUGCACACACUAGACGAUAGACGAUGUCCAUAUUGUGGCAUAAUAAAUUCAUGAAUGUUUAGCUAGCGUUUAAGCAGCUUAUUCUUGUAUUACUGCGAGUUCUAAGUGUUAUAAACUAGCCGCAAGUGAAACAUCAAUUAUAAAUAUUUCUCCGAAAGAAAUUCUUGUAAAAAAUGUCAAUUAAGCUCUGUGUGCCAGUUGAACAAAAGCCGGUUAGAUUUUAAUCGUGAUUAAUUUCACGAGAACCAAUCAAAGAAUCCUUCUUUUCAAAAAAACCUCAGAUUGGUUCUCUUGAAAAUAAUCACAAUUAAAAUUAAACCGGCUUUUGUGCAACCGGGCCUAUGAGAUGACUUUUGUUAAAACGGGUCGAAUUGAGAUUUAUCAACUGCCACGUUAAGCUCGAUGAUUAAAAUGCGUCUUUAGAAGUAUUAAAACUUGAAAAUUGUAUCUAAAAUUUGACUAAGAAAAUGUUCUCAAAUGAAUUUGUAAGCUCUAUUGCUGCCAAACAUUUAAAAUAAAUGUUACAAUCUUCCAAGAACCAGAAAAAAUAUGUUGUCUGUGUAAUACUGAUCAUGUAACUUUUAUACUUUCUGCAAUAAACAUGAAGUUUUCCUGAUAAA